UCGCAUGGCCGGCCUAUCUCCUUAGCCCGGGCCCUCCCCUCUUUUAACCUCAAGUCCGUCCAGUCCGUCUUCCCCUCUUCAAGCUUCGCGUUACUCCUAAGCUGUAAGAGAGAAAGCACAAAGAGAGCGGCGGGAAGAGUGCGAGAAGUUCCUUCCGCGAAUUCGACAUCCGGAGCUCUCAGCCAUGGAUCCAGACGCCGUCGCGAAGGCAUUCGUGGAUCACUACUACAGCAUGUUCGACAGCAACCGAGCAGGAUUGGCCAGUCUCUACGAGGAUGGGUCGAUGCUGACCUUCGAAGGCCAGAAGAUCCAGGGCUCGCAGAACAUCGUCGCCAAGCUCACCAGCCUUCCUUUCCAGCAGUGCCAGCACAGCAUCACCACCGUCGAUUGCCAGCCUUCUGGUCCCGCUGGCGGCAUGCUCGUCUUCGUCUCUGGUAACCUUCAGCUCGCUGGCGAGCAGCACGCUCUCAAGUUCAGCCAGAUGUUCCAUUUGAUGCCAACACCAACAGGAAGCUUCUAUGUGUUUAAUGACAUUUUCCGGUUGAACUAUGCUUGAAGGACAUCGAUCGAGGAGGAGAGAAAACGUCCUUAUGUGAACCUGAAUCUCCAGGGUUUUUCUUUGAUCAGUUUGCUUCUUUUCUCUUCUGUUCUGGACAUUCCAAAUG